AUGGGCCGCAAUGUGUUGAUGGUGGCUGAGAAGCCGUCGCUGGCAGAGAGCAUCGCGACGAUCUUGAGCAACGGAAGUUGCUCCCGCCGCACCCGUGCGCUGCCGGUGUACGAGUACAUGGGGAACUUCAUGGGCAGUCCAGCAUACUUCAAGGUGACGAGCACCACCGGUCACGUCUUUUCGUGCGACUUCACCUCUCAGCAUCAAAACUGGGAUCGCACGGAUGAGGAGCAGCUCUUCACCGCGCCGAUCACGUGGAAGGACACGUCGGGGAAGGUGACCCACCACCUCGAGCAUGAGGCGCAAGGCUGUGAUACACUGGUGCUGUGGCUUGACUGUGAUCGUGAGGGUGAGAACAUUUGUUUUGAGGUGAUGCAGGUCGUGCGGCGAGAGAUCUACAACCACAACAACAUCUUCCGUGCACACUUCUCGGCCAUCACGGCGGAGGAGAUUUUCCACGCCUUCCGCAAUCUCGGGAAGCCGAACAAGAACGUCAGCGACGCGGUGACGUGCCGGCAGGAACUGGACCUGAAGGUCGGCGUAGCCUUCACCCGGUUUCAAACCAAGUACUUCCAGGGCAAGUACGGCGACUUGGAUGCCAGCGUAAUCAGCUACGGCCCAUGCCAGACGCCGACGCUCGGCUUCUGCGUGCAGCGCCAUGAUGAGAUCCUGAACUUCAAGCCGGAGAACUUUUGGCGCCUCGUCCCGGUCGCCACACGCGGCGGCGCACUGCUGCAGUUUGAGUGGGAUCGUGGACGCCUCUUCGAUGAGACGAUGGCGCGGCUGAUCCUUCAGCGCAUCACCAAGAACGGUAAGGUGGCCACUGUCGCCAACGUGUCCGUCAGCAACGACACGCGUCCGCGGCCGACCGGCCUCAACACAGUGGAUCUCAUGAAGAUUGCAAGCAGGGCCCUUGGCAUCGGUCCCCACUACGUGAUGAGCAUCGCCGAAAACCUGUACAUCCGCGGCUACAUUUCGUACCCUCGUACCGAAUCCACGGCAUACCCGCCAUCUUUUAACCUUGCUGGCACCCUCGCUCAGCAGAAAAACCACUCCAUGUGGGGGGCCUACGUAACGGCGCUGCUGCAGCAAGGGCACGCGCGCCCCAAGGCAGGCAAGGACGCUGGCGAUCACCCGCCGAUCACGCCGAUGCGAAGCGCGUCCCCUGGCGAGCUCUCCGGGGAUGAGUGGCGCAUCUUCGAGUACAUCACGCGGCACUUCAUCGCCUCCGUGUCGCCCGACUGCCGGCUAAUCAAGACGAAGAUCACGAUCGAGCUUGGCGGUGAGUUUUUUAGCAUUUCGGGCAAGGUGGUGGAGGACCCCGGCUUCACGGAGAUCAUGCCGCACGCCCGCGUCGAGGACGACAGGAUGCCGACCGGCAUCAACAAGGGCGACUCCUUUCAGCUGUCCGAUGUGCGGCUGCAGGCGGGGCAGACGCAGCCGCCGUCGUACCUGACGGAGUCGGACCUCAUUGGGCUGAUGGAGAAGAACGGUAUCGGAACCGACGCGUCCAUCUCCACCCACGUCAACAACAUUGUAGAGCGCGGGUACUGCAGUGUGCAGGCAGGGCGUGUCAUGAAGCCAUCAAAGCUUGGGAUCGUGCUCAUCCACGGCAUCAAGGCUAUCGACCCGGAGCUGGUGCUGCCGCUCGUGCGCAGUCGCGUGGAGGAGUAUGUUACCCACAUCGCCGAGGGCCGCGCGCAGCUCGACGACGUGCUCAGCUACUCGCUCGACCUCUUCUUCUCCAAGUUUAAGUUCUUCAAGGAGCACAUAGACGUCUUCGAUGCCCUCAUGGGCGCCUCCUUCUCCGCCAUCUCCGCCACCGGGAAACCGAUUACGCGGUGCGGCAACUGCAUGCGCUACCUGAAGCACCUGGAUACCCGUCCUCAGCGGCUCUACUGCCCCUACUGCGAGGUGACGUUCGCCCUGCCGCAGGGCGGCGCCAUCAAGCAGUACUCCAGCUUCAAGUGCCCCAUCGACAACUUCGAGCUCGUCAUCUGUCACAUCGAAGGCGGCAAGUCGUUUCCCAUCUGCCCUCAAUGCUACAACAACCCGCCUUUUGAGGACAUGCGCCCCGCCAUACAGCACCACCACCGCGGGUACGGUGGAGGGGCAGCGGCGACGACGGCACCAUCCACUCGGCACAUGGCGUGUGACGAGUGCCGCCACCCCACGUGCGAGCACUCCCUCGCCACGAACUACGUGUGCGACUGCGUGGACGGCUCCUGCGCCGGCAGCAUGGCCUUCGUUCCCCGGACGGCUGGUCAGUGGAAAGUGUGCUGCAACAAGUGCCCCAUGAUGAUUAAGCUGCCCCCGACAGCGCAGCGAGUCUACGUCACCUCCGAGGAAUGCCUCGAAUGUGCCGCCAACUGCCUCGACAUCAUGUUCCCCGAGGGCAAGAGCGUGUUGCCCAACCGCAAGGACCGCAUUGUCGCGUGCAUCUUCUGUCAUCCAGGCCUGAGCCCGCUCUGCGAGGAAGUGCGCGGCCGCAUAGGUAACUUCCGCCGCAUCGGUGGCGCUGCUGCUGGCGGUCGGGGCGGCCGGGGCGGGCGUGGCCGCGGACGUGGUCGCGGACGUGGCAACCGCGAGGAUCGCAGGUGA